UUUCUUCUCUUUUUUGCAAUGGCGACGCAUACAAUCAAUCGGGACACGAGCAUCCCUGCCGAACAGUCGCGCACGCUGCAGGACGUCACUCGGCCGCACGUCGACGCGUUCAACUUUAUGAUCAAGACUGGCCUCGAUCUUGCCGUCGCGGACCUCGAUCCCAAAAUCAUCACCGACCGAGAUGGACACAAGCUCACCGUGUGGAUUGACCAGGCCAAGGUCGGCUACCCGCGCGUACCAGACAACGAGGCGCGACGAAACCCAGCAGUCUUUCCGACAGAGUGCCGCGAGCGCGCAUCGACGUACAAGAGCGAUCUGCACGUCACGCUGAAGUGGAAGGUCGACGACGGUCCCGUCAACCAGACAGAGCGCAAGCUGGGCCAAAUCCCAAUCAUGGUCAAGUCCCAGCGAUGCAACUUGCGCGACCUGUCGCCCACAGAGCUCGUCGCCAACCAGGAGGAGGCCGAGGAGAUGGGUGGCUACUUUAUCAUUAACGGCAUCGAGCGCAUCAUGCGCAUGCUCUUGUUGCCUCGUCGCAACUAUGUCAUGGCGCUCGAUCGCCCGUCCUUCCGCAAGCGCGGUCCCGAGUACACCACCUUCGGCACCAUGAUUCGCUGCACUCGCCUCGACCAGACCAGCCAGACCAUCACGGUGCACUUUUUGCAAGACGGCAACUGCAUGGUGCGCUUUUCAUACCGCAAGAACGAGUAUCUCGUCCCCGCCGUUCUGAUUCUUAAGGCGCUCGUCACAACCACCGACCAGGAAAUCUUUGAGCGCAUUGUCGGCAGCAGCAAGCUCGAUAGCUUCCUCACAGACCGCGUCGAGCUCAUGCUGCGCUCGGCCACCGACAUGCACGUCCACAACUCAAAGCAAGCGCGCGUCUUCCUCGGCGAGCGCUUCCGUAUUGCGCUCGAUGUGCCCGAAGACAUGUCGGACGAAGACGUUGGCCGCCUCCUCUUGCGCAAGCUCAUGCUCAUCCAUCUCGACAACGACCAGGACAAGUUUGACCUGCUCGUGUUUAUGAUUCAAAAGCUCUACAAGGUCGUCAGCGGCGAUUGCUGCACCGAGAAUGCCGAUUCGCCAAUGAACCACGAAAUUCUCACCUCGGGCCAGCUCUACCUGAUGUUCCUCAAAGAAAAGAUGGAAGAGUACCUCACUGCGUGCAAGGCCGUCGUGGCGCAAGACUUGCGUCGCAACCCAGAGCAGGUCAGCUUCUCGGCUGGCUCGCAGUACUUUACAAAGUCCCUCAGCAAAAACCCUGUGGACAUUGGCCGACGCCUCGAGUACCUGAUGGCCACUGGCAACCUCGCCUCCGCCACGGGUCUUGAUUUGCAACAAGUCAGCGGCUUCACGGUUGUUGCGGACAAGCUCAACUUUUUGCGCUACCUCUCCCACUUCCGAUGCAUUCACCGUGGCGCCUUCUUUGCUGAAAUGAAAACCACCACUGUGCGCAAGCUGCUGCCCGAAGCGUGGGGCUUUGUCUGCCCCGUGCACACGCCUGACGGCGCUCCUUGCGGUCUGCUCAACCACUUGGCAGCCAAGUGCUUGGUUGUCGACGAGGUUGCCGAUGCGUCGCGCGUCCCUGCCAUGCUCAUCGAGCUCGGCAUGGCGCCCAUCGACCACAAGAUUCAUUACCCGUCCGACUACCUGAACGUCCUGCUGGAUGGCCGCAUCAUUGGCAAGCUGGCACCCGAAAAUGCAGCGCAAAUCACCGCCCACUUCCGCUACCGCAAGGCCCAGGGCCACAAAGACCUCCCGCGCUACAUGGAGUCGGCCCUCGUUCUUCCCUCCGAACGCGGCCAAUUCCCUGGUCUGUUCAUCUUCACCUCGCUUUGCCGCAUGGUGCGUCCCGUUCAAAACCUUAUUGCCAACACUGUCGAGUAUAUUGGCUCGUUCGAGCAAGUGUACAUGGACAUUGCUGUUUUGGAAGCCGAUAUUGUUCCUGGCGUCACAACGCACCACGAGCUCUCUCCGACCGCCAUGCUCUCUGUGAAUGCCCUCAUGACUCCUUACAGCGACCACAACCAAUCACCGCGCAACAUGUACCAGUGCCAAAUGGGCAAGCAGACCAUGGGAACGCCCGCCCACGCCCUCCAGCAUCGCUCAGACAACAAACUCUACCGCGUGAUGAAUCCGCAAGCAUCGCUUGUGCGCCCGCAAGGCUACGAAGACUACAAGUGCGACAACUACCCAAGUGGCACCAACGCGGUCAUUGCUUUCGUCUCGUACACUGGCUACGAUAUGGAGGAUGCCAUGAUUAUCAACAAGGGCUCGUACGACCGCGGCUUUGGCUAUGCCACCAUCUACAAGACGCAAAUUGUCGAUCUCGCCAAGCUCAAGCCCGGCAACCGCGAAAACUCAAAGCCCACCCUGUACUUUGGCACUGUCCGCAACCAGCGCGAAGUCACUGAAAAGCAGGUCGAGGCGGACGGCUUCCCUCCACUCGAGACGGUGCUCAAGAACGGAGCCCCGAUCUGCUCGUACGUGGACGAGACGACCAACAUGGCACAAGUCGUCAAGUACAAGAGCUCUGAGGAGGGCUACUUGCACGAGAUUAAGCUCAUUGCCGGGGAAGGCAGCGACCAACGAGCGCAGCGCGCCAUCAUUCGCUUCCGUCUGCGCCGCAACCCCGUGAUUGGCGACAAGUUUGCCUCCCGUCACGGCCAAAAGGGUGUUUGCUCCCAGCUCUGGCCCUCCGAAGGCAUGCCCUUCUGCGAGUCUGGCAUGGUCCCCGACAUUCUGUUCAACCCGCACGGUUUCCCGUCGCGCAUGACGAUCGGCAUGUGGAUUGAGACCAUGGCUGGCAAGAGCGCCGCCCUUCACGGCGUUGUUCACGACGCGUCUCCGUUCGUCUUCAACGAGAAGAGCCGCGCCGUCGACUACUUUGGCGAGCAGCUGGCCAAGGCCGGAUACAACUACUAUGGCUCGGAGCGCAUGUACAGUGGCGUGACUGGCAAGGAGUUUGACGCUGAAAUCUUUAUGGGCGUCGUGUACUACCAGCGUCUUCGUCACAUGGUUCUCGACAAGUACCAAGUGCGCACGACCGGUCCUGUUCAUAAUUUGACCCAUCAGCCCAUCAAGGGUCGCAAACGUGCUGGUGGUAUUCGCUUUGGUGAGAUGGAGCGCGAUUCUCUUCUUGCUCACGGCACCGCCUUCCUGCUUCACGACCGUUUGAUGAACUGCUCGGAUUACUCUUAUUCGUACGUGUGCAAGGCGUGCGGCAGUAUUUUGUCACCAAUGCUCGAGCAAGCAACUCAAAUUUCUGGCAAGCGAAACGUCAAGUGUCGGUCGUGCCAGAGCUCCAAGAAUGUCGAAAUUAUCGCUGUGCCAUACGUUUUCCGUUACUUGCUAUCUGAAUUGCUCGCGAUGAACAUUCGCGUCACACUGGAUGUGAAGUAAUUUGUGUGUUUUUCCAAAUUAUACAUGGUACUACUCGA